AUGGCCCGGGCGCCCGCGCUCGCCCCGCUCCUGCCCCCGCUCCUGCUCCUGCUCGCGCAGCUCCUGGCAGCCACUGGGGCACAGAAAGUGGGACUCCCAGGCCCCCCCGGCCCCCAAGGGCCACCCGGAAAGCCCGGCCAGGAUGGCAUCGAUGGAGAAGCCGGUCCUCCGGGUCUGCCCGGGCCCCCGGGACCAAAGGGGGCCCCAGGAAAGCCGGGGAAACCAGGAGAGGCUGGGCUGCCGGGACUGUCGGGUGUGGACGGUCUGACCGGGAGAGAUGGACCCCCUGGACCCAAGGGUGCCCCUGGGGAACGGGGAAGCCUGGGACCCCCGGGGCCACCCGGGCUGGGGGGCAAAGGCCUCCCUGGACCCCCCGGAGAGGCAGGAGUGAGUGGCCCCCCAGGUGGGAUCGGCCUCCGAGGCCCCCCGGGACCUUCUGGGCUCCCCGGCCUCCCUGGCCCCCCAGGACCUCCCGGACCCCCUGGACACCCAGGAGUCCUCCCUGAAGGCGCUGCUGACCUCCAGUGCCCGAGUAUCUGCCCGCCAGGCCCCCCAGGGCCCCCAGGAAUGCCAGGGUUCAAGGGACCCACUGGCUACAAAGGCGAACAGGGGGAAGUAGGCAAGGAUGGAGAGAAGGGUGACCCCGGCCCCCCUGGGCCUGCCGGCCUCCCAGGCAGCGUGGGGCUGCAGGGCCCCCGGGGAUUACGAGGACUGCCAGGGCCGCUCGGGCCCCCUGGGGACCGGGGUCCCAUCGGGUUCCGAGGGCCGCCUGGGAUCCCAGGAGCACCCGGGAAGGCGGGUGACCGAGGCGAGAGGGGCCCAGAAGGGUUCCGUGGCCCCAAGGGUGACCUUGGCAGACCUGGUCCCAAGGGAACCCCCGGAGUGGCCGGGCCAAGUGGAGAGCCGGGCAUGCCAGGCAAGGACGGCCGGAAUGGUGUGCCAGGACUUGAUGGCCAGAAGGGAGAGGCUGGUCGCAACGGUGCUCCGGGAGAGAAGGGCCCCAACGGGUUGCCAGGCCUCCCCGGACGAACAGGCUCCAAAGGCGAGAAGGGAGAACGGGGCAGAGCUGGGGAGCUGGGUGAGGCCGGCCCCUCCGGAGAGCCUGGUGUCCCUGGAGACGCUGGCAUGCCCGGGGAACGCGGCGAGGCUGGCCACAGGGGCUCAGCGGGGGCCCUUGGCCCACAAGGCCCUCCCGGAGCCCCUGGUGUCCGAGGCUUCCAGGGCCGGAAGGGCAGCAUGGGAGACCCUGGCCUUCCAGGCCCCCAGGGCCUCCGGGGUGACAUGGGCGACCGGGGUCCUGGAGGUGCUGCAGGACCUAAGGGAGACCAGGGCAUUGCAGGUUCCGACGGUCUUCCUGGGGAUAAAGGAGAACAGGGUCCUAGCGGCCUGGUUGGACCCAAAGGAGAGUCUGGCAGUCGAGGGGAGCUGGGCCCCAAAGGCAUCCAGGGUCCCAACGGCACCAGCGGUGUUGAGGGUGUCCCUGGCCCCCCUGGUCCUCUGGGCCUCCAGGGCAUCCAGGGUGUUCCUGGCAUCACAGGAAAGCCGGGCGUUCCGGGGAAGGAGGCCAGCGAGCAGCGCAUCAGGGAGCUGUGUGGGGGGAUGAUCAGUGAACAAAUUGCACAGUUAGCCGCGCACCUAAGGAAGCCUUUGGCACCGGGAUCCAUUGGCCGGCCCGGUCCAGCUGGCCCCCCUGGGCCCCCCGGGCCUCCGGGCUCCAUUGGUCACCCUGGCGCUCGAGGACCCCCCGGAUACCGCGGUCCCACUGGGGAGCUGGGAGACCCCGGGCCCAGAGGAAACCAGGGUGACAGAGGGGACAAAGGCGCGGCGGGAGCAGGGCUGGACGGGCCUGACGGAGACCAGGGGCCCCAAGGACCCCAAGGCGUGCCCGGCAGCAGCAAAGACGGCCAGGACGGUGCUCCCGGUGAGCCUGGGCCUCCCGGGGACCCGGGGCUUCCAGGCGCCGUCGGGGCCCAGGGGACUCCGGGGAUCUGUGACACCUCAGCCUGCCAAGGAGCCGUGAUGGGAGGGGUCAGGGAAAAAUCUGGCUCUAGAAGCUCAUAAAAUCCAUCGGAAGGAAGCAAGCAAGUGACGAGGACGCCUGACAAAGCAGAGUGGCCACCAAGGAGCGGGCGGUGUGGCAGGCUGGCCACGUCCGGGAGAGCGGGCUGCCGCCCAAGAGCGUGCCUCAGGAGGCCCGCAGCUAAUCCAGUCUGCAAGCCCAGCGCUUGCAAGAAGGCAGGGUGUAUAUAUAGAAUGUUUGUACAAUUCCGUGAGAUGAAACAUCUUCAGUAACUUGUUUACAUAGCAUUGUGUAAAGACUAUGAUCUCAUCCCAAUAAAACGAUACAUUAAAUCUUCAGAUUAA